AUGUCGGACUCGGUGCUGCUGCUGCGGCGGCACCGGGUGUACCGGGCGCGCUGCUCCUUCCUGGACCUGAGCGAGGAGCAGGUGCUGCGGCGGUACCGGCUGGACAAGGCCGCCAUCGCCGGGCUGUGCCGCGAGCUGGGCGCCGACCUGGAGAGCCUGACGGGCCGCAGCCACGCCCUGCCGGUGGCCGUCAAGGUCACCUCCGCCCUCACCUUCCUGGCCUCCGGCUCCUUCCAGACGGCCACGCGCGACACCACCGGCAUCAGCCAGUCGGCCAUGUCCAACUGCCUGGCGCAGUUCCUGGAGGCGCUGCAGCGGCGGGCGGCGCGGUACAUCGCCUUCCCGCCGCCCGCUCACGCCGGGACGGCCGCCGGCGCCUUCCCCGGGGUGCUGGGGCUGGUGGGCAGCAUGCACGUGGCGCUGCGGGCUCCCUCCGAGAACGAGCCGGCUUACCGCAACGCCGGCAACUACCACUCCAUGAACAUGCAGGUGGUCUGCGACGCCGCCGGCACCAUCACCAACGUGGUGGCCAAAUUCCCCGGUUCCUGCCCCAACGCCGCCGUCCUGGAGAAUUCCGCCGUGGCCCGGCUGCUGGAGGGGGCUCGGCCCGACGGCGCCUGGCUGCUGGGUGAGGGGACCCGCAGCUACCCGCUGAAGCCGUGGCUGAUGACGCCCAUCGCGGCGCCCCGCGGCCCGGCGGAGGAGCGGUACAACGCGCUGCACCACCAGGCCCUGGCCGCCCUGCGCCGGACCCUCGCCCUCCUCAAGCUGCGCUUCCGCUGCCUGGACAAGGGCAGGGGAUCUCCAGCGAGGCCCGGGCCGUGGCGGGCCCGCAUCGUCCAGCAGGUCAAGGACGGCCUCGGCUGA